AUGGUUACACCAGCCUUCGGCUUCUCAGACGGCGACUUCAUCGCGGCCAUCAAUCUCAUUGUCAGAGUUUCCAAAGCGCUGAACGACUCGGGCGGCGCAGCAAGCGAGUAUAGGAUGCUUCUUCAGGAGCUACAGCAGUUACAGCUCAUCCUCAAGCAGCUGAGAGAGAUGUCCUCAGCGUCUUCAAGAUCUCACAGUCAUUUCAACGCUGUUAAGGGUAUGGCUCUUGCCAUACAAUUUCCCUUGCUAGAGUUCCUAGCCAAGCUAGAGAGAUUCAAUUCAAGCAUGUGCGGCACGUCGUCGAGCAGUAGAUGGCGAAGCGCGCCAGGGAAGGCACAGUGGGCCGUUGUGAUGCAAGAGGAGGUGAACAGAAUGAGGGCCGUCAUCACGAUGAAGCUUGUCACCAUCACAGUGCUCCUCGCUUUGCCUACAACCGAGAUGCUAUCCCGCGUCAAGCGUGCAGCAAACGAAGGACAAAUACUUCUCAAGGAGACCAAAGAAGCCGUCGAGGACUCCAACAAUGAGCUUCUGGCACAAAUAGACGCAAUCAGGACCGGAGGCUGCAGCCGUCUCCAGUCUAUCAACUUGGAUACCAGCAGACUCCUCCAAGUUUGCGCCGGCUUACGUGUCAGUUUCCAGCGCCUGGAGAAGGAGCAUCUCACCACGAAGAACAGCCAACAAAAGCAGCAUCAUCUUGUCCGACACACGCUGAAACAGCAGUCUGCGCUCUUUCAGACGGCGACACACACGCUGCAAUUCUCAUUACAGAGAACAAGCCUGGCAGUCGGGCAACUGCUGAAGAUGUUCAUCAACUUCUCGAAAGAAGUCCUGGAUUACCUUAAGCGGUUGCAGUGA